UGAGUCCCACUCCAAUUUGGGCUUCUCUUCGCGGUUUGCACCACCGGCCCACGCGAGGGUUUUAACACCCACCGGAGCACAGUAGAGCAUUCCGGCGAAGCUAACAAUGAGCGCAGCAAAUCUACCACGGACGGAGUCUAACGUGCUCCGUGGCCACGAAGGCGCGGUGCUCGCCGCGCGUUUCAACGCCAACGGCGAGUAUUGCCUCAGUUGCGGCAAAGACCGCACCAUACGGUUGUGGAAUCCCCACCGUGGAUUGCACAUCAAGACCUACAAAUCUCACGGCCGCGAAGUCAGAGAUGUCCACGUCACCCCGGAUAAUUCGAAGCUGAGUUCAUGUGGAGGCGAUCGGCAGGUGUUUUACUGGGAUGUGGCUACUGGUCGUGUUAUUCGAAAAUUCCGCGGCCAUGAUAGUGAGGUCAAUGCGGUGAAGUUUAACGAGUAUGCAUCAGUGGUGGUAUCAGCUGGUUAUGACCGUUCUGUGCGCGCUUGGGAUUGUAGAUCUCACAGCACCGAGCCUAUUCAGAUUAUCGACAACUUCUUAGAUAGCGUCAUGUCUGUUUGCUUAACGAAAACCGAGAUAAUUGCUGGAAGUGUCGAUGGAACUGUUCGAACAUUUGAUAUUCGAAUGGGUAGAGAAAUAUCAGACAAUCUAGGGCAGCCUGUAAACUGUAUAUCUCUCUCAAACGAUGGCAACUGUGUAUUAGCCGGUUGUCUUGAUUCUACUAUAAGGCUUUUGGACAGAUCAGCUGGUGAAUUAUUGCAAGAAUAUAAAGGCCAUACGUGCAAGUCAUUCAAAAUGGACUGCUGCCUAACAAACACGGAUGCCCAUGUAACUGGCGGUUCAGAAGAUGGUUAUAUUUAUUUCUGGGAUCUUGUAGAUGCAACAGUAGUGUCCAGUUUUCGAGCUCACUCCUCAGUGGUAACAAGCGUAAGCUAUCACCCAAAGGACGAUUGUAUGAUUACUGCUUCAGUUGACGGAACAAUUCGGGUCUGGAAAUCAUGAGACUGAGGUAAUAGAACAGCUUCAAUUUCAUAUUGCCUUUGGUAUUUUCUUUAAUUAACAUGACAAAGUAAUAAUACGUAACUGAAAGUGGACUUAGUAUAUGCUAUUUGACUAUUUCAUCA